CAUGCUAAGAAGGGAGACAAAGCCAGAAAGUGACAGGCCACGGAAAGUCCGGUUUCGGAUAGCCUCGUCUCACAGUGGGAGAGUUCUGAAAGAGGUCUAUGAGGAUGGGCAACCACCAGGCUCUCUGGAUUCCGAAUGCGCCAGUGUCUGUGGAAUAGAUGGACUGAGUGACUCUGAGGGACAUCAGAAUGGCCACAUUGGAUCAGAAGACAGCGAACACGAGAGAGACCAGGACAACUUGCUGGUGUUAGCCAGGACAGCCAGUGAGAAGGCUGUUGGUACAAGGAGAGUCAACAUUUUAAGCAAAAAUGGUACAGUCAGAGGCGUCAAAUACAAAGUGAGUGCUGGCCAAGCUCUGUUUAACAAUUUGACCAAAGUGUUACAGCAACCUCCCGCCGACCUGGAGUUUGACCGCGUGGUGAUUUACACAACCUGCCUUCGUGUGGUGAGGACAACCUUUGAGAGAUGUGAACUGGUUAGAAAGAUUUUCCAAAACCACAGAGUAAAAUUUGAAGAGAAGAACAUAGCUCUGAACGCUGACUACGGGAGAGAGCUGGACGAGCGGUGCCGGCGCGUCUCCGAAGCUCCUUCUCUUCCUGUUGUGUUCGUUGACGGCCACUAUCUUGGGGGUGCUGAGAAAAUUUUGUCAAUGAAUGAAUCAGGAGAACUGCAAGACCUCUUAACUAAAAUUGAGAGGGUGCAGCAUCCACACGAGUGUCCCUCCUGUGGAGGCUUUGGCUUCCUCCCGUGCUCCGUGUGCCACGGGAGCAAAAUGUCAGUGUUCCGAAACUGCUUCACAGACGCUUUCAAGGCCCUGAAGUGCACGGCGUGCAACGAGAACGGCCUGCAGCGGUGCCGCAACUGCGCCUGCUGACUGCAGCUUCCGCCCAGCCACAGCCGCGUUUCACCGAACGGGGGCUAGAAUUUGGUUUCUAAUUUUUUUUU